GUAUAUACAUAUAAUUAAGUAAACAAAUCGUAAUGUAAAAUUCAAGUAAUUAAUUCCAAGUGCUCAUUUCCCUUCAAGGCAUUGCCUUCCUUGUCCCUUCCCACUCCCUCCCUUUGAAAACCCCUUUCAAACUUUGUACAAAAAGAAAAACAGAUCCCUAAAUUAAUUAGAAUAGUUAUGCACAGCUUCUGGUGGCUCCUUGGUGUUCUUCACCAUGUCAUUUGGGUUGCAACCAUGCUGCUUACAGUCCAAGCCAUGCCGCCACCGCCCCCAAUUCGCUGCGACCCAUCAACCGGGUGCAGCCUCUCCAACUCCUACGGCGUAUGGGGUGAUAGAAAAGAUUGCCACGUCCCAUCCGCGGCACACCCACAAACCGAAGAGGACCUCCGCCUCGCCGUGGCUUUCGCAAGCAAAAACAAGGUCAAGAUCAAAGUGGUGAGCAAAUUUUCACAUACCAUACCAAAGAUGGCAUGUCCCGACAUGAGUUUUGGAGACGCAAUGCUAAUAAGCACGGCCAAUGUCAAUUCCACGAUUGAAAUCGAUGUGGCGAAUUUAGCUGUCACGGUUGAUGCCGGCGUAGGGCUACGACAGUUGAUCGACAAAGUAGAGGAAGCUGGGCUGAGCUUGGUGGCUGCGCCGUAUUGGGAGGGUGUGAGUGUAGGAGGGCUUAUAAGCACGGGAGCACAUGGAAGCUCGUGGUGGGGAAGAGGAGGAGCAGUGCAUGAUCAUGUUAUUGGUCUUAAUCUUGUUGUUCCAGCAAACCGAUCAGAAGGGUAUGCGAAAAUUCUCAGAUUCGAUUCAAAAGAUGAAAUCUUUAAAGCUGCAAAAGUUUCAUUGGGGUUGUUGGGUAUCAUCUCCAAGGUGAAGUUGAGAUUGGAGGCAGCAUUCAAAAGGAGCAUAACCUAUAACUUUACAGACGAUGCUCAAAUAGAGGACAUAUACAUGGAGCAUGCUAAAAAGUACGAGUUUGGAGACAUAACUUGGUAUCCAUCGAAGCAUACAGCUGCAUACAGAUACGAUAACAGAGUUCCUUUCACCGCAGCAGGCGAUGGAACAUAUGAUUUCAUAGGCUUCCAGUCCAAUUCUGUUGUGGUCGCCAAGACUAUAAGAGCAACAGAGAAAACGUUGGACAACGGACGAAGCUCGGUUUUCCAAUGCACACUAGCAUCUACAUUUUUGGGGGCCAAGAAAUUAGUGGCCAAUGGUUUGAAAAAUAACCUAAUCUUCACUGGUUACCCUGUAGUAGGCCACCAGGGAAAAAUGCAAACCUCAGGUUCAUGUCUGUACUCAACAGGCACAGACAAUUCCUGUGCAUGGGACCCAAGAAUCAACGGCCUCUUCUUUUACGAGACAACAGCAAUAUUUCAAGCAUCAACAUUUGCAGACUUCAUCAAAGGCGUCAAAAAACUACGAGACCUAAAACCAAAAAACUUCUGUGGCGUGGAUAUUUACAAUGGUUUUUUAAUUCGUUUCAUUAGGGUUUCCGAUGCCUAUCUUGGUCAACAAGAAAACUCCGUGGUCGUUGACUUUAAUUACUAUAGAGCCGCUGAUGCAUGGACUCCAAGGUUCAAUGAAGACGUGUGGGAGGAAGUGGAGCAACUGGCAUUUUCCAAGCAUGGGGCAAAGCCACACUGGGCUAAAAACAGAAACGCAGCGUUUUUGGGUGUGAAAAGACUGUUGGAUCCUCAAAAUAUAUUAUCGAGUGAAUGGUCGGAUGAGAUUUUGUUUGGGAAAGCAGGUGCAAGGGCUGAUGGGUGUGCUUUGGAGGGUCUUUGUAUAUGUUCUGAAGAUCGGCAUUGCAGCCCUGUGAAAGGGUAUUUCUGUCAACCUGGACUUAUUUAUAGGGAGGCUAGAGUUUGUAGGUACUCAUCAUCCUCUGUGGAAUCAGAGAGUGACAAAACUAAUUUGAUAUUUGAUUAAUCAUUUCGGAGUGUUAGGAACAGAUCAUUUUAUUAUUUUACAAAUAUUAUCGACAAUCUAUAUGAAUGCAGGUAGUAAAUAUAUAUAUUCGAACUUUUCAGAUGUAAA